AUGUAUUUUUUUUUAAAUUUAUUAUUUAUUCAGACGCGUUUUAAAUGCUCAAAUGGAGAAUUCUACGAAUAUGAUGUUAACAAAGGGUUUGCCGGAAAAUCGUGUCUUGCGGGCUAUAAUUUUGACGGACCUGUAGAACGUGGUAUUGUGAAAGCUGGGCGUUAUGUUGGUUCACGCGGCAAAGUUACGGACUGUGAUAGCCACAUGCAAUACUACCAUGGGAAAAGUGGGGCUUGUUACCCUUCACCAGGCAAUAAUUCGACUUACUGUGGACAGAACAGUGUCUGUAAAGAGAAGAAGCCGGAAGAAUAA